UUACUUUCAAUUAUUUUUCUCACAACUUUUGAAGAAAAUCCUUUUUAAAAUUCGAAUUCCACUAUUCAUUUCCGUAAUCAAUCAAUGAUGCAAUCAUCAAUCGACUUCCAGCUAACUGAAGUUGAUUCUUCUUCGUUCUUUUGUUGAUUUGAACAGCUUCCGAAGUUUUUUGUUUUCUUGAAUUCUUCUUCUGCGCGCAACUGUUUCCUGUUGAGAAUCCGUUCGUUUUUUUUUUCUUCUCUCUUUUACUGUUUGUUUGGAAAAAAAAACCCUAGAUCUUUCUUCGCCUUUCAAUGGGGAGUAGGAAGGAAGAGGAGCGCAACGAGAGGAUUAUUAGAGGCCUUAUGAAGCUUCCACCAAAUAGGAGAUGUAUUAACUGUAAUGGCCUGGGCCCUCAGUAUGUUUGUACAAACUUUUGGACUUUUGUUUGUAUGACUUGCAGUGGAAUACAUCGCGAGUUUACUCAUCGAGUUAAGUCAGUAUCGAUGGCCAAGUUUAGUUUCCAAGAAGUUGAAGCACUUCAAAAUGGUGGGAACCAGCGAGCAAGGGAAAUCUAUUUAAAGGAUUGGGACUUCCAAAGACAACGAUUGCCAGUUAACAGCAAUGUCGAGAAAAUUCGGGAAUUUAUAAAGAAUGUAUAUGUUGAUAGAAAAUAUGCUGGUGGAAGAACAUCCGAGAAGCCUCCUAGAGACAUGCAGAGUAUAAGAAUCCAUGAAGAUGAAACCAGACGAGCCAGUUCUUAUCAUUCUUACUCCCAAAGUCCACCUUAUGAUUAUCAAUAUGAAGAUAGGAAAUAUGGAAAACAAGCUGCUUCACUUACCAGGAAACCUGGUUCAGAUCGAGGUCGAUAUGAGGGGAAAGUGUCUGGUUCAGUCUUUAGUCCUGGCCGCUUAAGUGACCAAACAUAUGAUGACAGGUUUGUUAAUGAGGGAUAUGCCUCGAGGGUUUCAGACUUUUCAGUCUCUAGUGGAGGUGAUCCUUUCAGAUCUGGUGCUCAUUCACCAAAUUUUCAGAAGGACUCCGGAUUUAGUAGUCCACCUUUUCACUGUGCUAGAGAUAUGCUUAACGAAGAUACAAGACAUCAAAUAAGUAGCAUGUCCGCUGAGGCAAAUGGCCACAGGGAUGCAUAUGGAAUCUCACGGCCACAGAGAACAAUGUCUUCAGGUAGCUUUGGUUCAAUUGACAGUAACUCUACCUCUCUGAAGUCAUAUAAUUCAGCUGGCUUAACGGAUGGUGUGUUGGAACCUGAGCCAAUUGCACACAACAAUCUAGAUAAGAUGCCUAGUUCACAGCAGUCAUCUGUUCCUGGAGUUUCCAUUAGUUUAAGUUUUUUUGAAGAACCAUUUGCACCAAAACCUGUCUCCUCUGCAACUUCAUCUGUUGACUUGUUCCAGUCACAGGCAUCAUUGCCUGCUCCACCAGUGGAUUUGUUUCAGUUGUCAUCUGCAUCACCAUCCUUUUGUGAAAAUCAACCUCAACAGCGGUCACCACCACCUCAAUCCCUGCAAUUUUUUCCUGAGACUAAUCCACAGCAUCCAGCAACAUUGGAUAAAAUGCCAUUAGAGUCAGCAGUCCCCAAAAAUGAAGGAUGGGCCACGUUUGAUUCACCUCAGACAACAUCAUCUGUUCAUAGUUCCGUUAAUGUUAAUGCUGUCAAGAAUCCCUCCAAUGUAGGUGCUUUUGGAAAGCUUGUUCCUCCUAAUGAAGGUGCUUUAGGAAAGUUCGAUCCUUUAGUAUCUUCUAGUGCUGUUGUCCAGUGGCCACCCACUCCAAAUUACAUCGCUCAUGAUCCGUCUUUAUUAGCAAGUAGUCAAUGGCAUAAUAAUUUGCCUAAUGCUCAAGUUCCAGCUGAAGUGACAAGCACUGAUGCGUCUUGGAAUGCAUUUGAAGAUGCCAUCACAGAUCUCUCCCUACAGCGUGGUAAGCAAAAUACCGAGCGUCAAGUUCCAGUUCAAGAGUUCCUGCCUUCUUCCGAUGGACAUUUGUUUUUUGGAGUUACAGAGGGAGAGAGAGGUACACAGAUGACCAGUGGUAAAUCGACAAACCCAUUUGACCUUCCAUAUGAUCCAGAUAUGGAGCAAACAAAUAUGUUUUUGGACAUGAGCUCUUUGCAGUCUGCUCUCCCUAAUGCACAAUUACCAUCCUCCUUAGUUGGUGGUUCUCAACCAUGGUUUUCUCAAAAUCCAGCACCAUUUAUUCCAACUGCAGGACAAGGUGGCUUAUCACUCAUGGCUGGGCAAGCACCAGGCUCUCAAAUAUCGAACAUUACUCCACCGGAAUCUGUUGCUUCGAUCGGAGGGAAUCCUUUUGCUUAAGGAUUACGGUUAUUUCAUUUUCAAUAUAGAUGUAGUAUUUUCAAUUCCCCUUAGUAUAGAAGAUUUUCGAUGCACCAUUAUCAUCCAUUAGUUUUAUGUAUGAACUUCAAAUUAUUAUUAUUAUUAUUGUCUCUUUAUGCAAUCUGUCUUUCAUUCAAA